GAAAAACACAAAGUUUCCACAAGAACACAAACCUUCUCUGUCACUUUGCCGUUGUACUGCAAGCUGGUCCCAAUCAUUGAUAUUCAUAUUCUUCUCUACACGGCUAAGCUUCCAAAGCAGGUUCAUUGAACACUAUCGAAAAUUUCUCAUUCAUUUUGAUUCUGAUUCUGAUUCUUCUCUUGUUAGGUAAAUUAAAACCCUUUCAUAUUUUCAUGCACUCCAACUACUUGAUUUGAUUGAACAAAUUCAAAGUUUUGAUCUUGUGAAACAAUGAAGAGAGACAACCUUAACCCAUUGUUACUUUUUCCAAAUAGACCUAAACCUCUUCACGUUUUCAUGACCCUUAUGCUUCUUUAUUUGGUUUUCACAACGUUUGAAUUCAAAACCUUUGAGUCUGUUUCGGUUUCUACAGUGUUUGAGAAUGAACACCGGAACACCCAUCAUAGAAAAGCUUUAAACUUUCCAUCACAAGAAGCUUUAGGUUCAUUACAUCGAAAACCCAUGCAGGGGUUGCAGAAAGUUUCCACCUUGAAUUUCAAUGAAGGUGAUUUGAAUGAAACUGGUUUGGGAAAGGGAAAAGACAAAUUUUCUGAGAUUCAGAGGGAUGUUAAGGAAGCUUGGGUUAAAGGGAAGAGAAUGUGGGAGGAAAUUCAGUUUCAGAAUAUGGAAACUGUGAAUGUGGCUGAGAAGAAUAUAUCUGAUUCGUGUUUGCAUUCGAUUUCGAUAUCUGGGUCGGAAUUAAGGAAGCAGAAAGGGAUCAUGAUGAUUCCUUGUGGGUUGACUUUGUGGUCACAUGUUACUGUUGUUGGGACGCCGCGGUUGGGUCAUUGGGAACAUGAUUCGAAGAUAUCUGUGGUGAAGGAUGAGGAGGAAAAGGUGUUGGUGUCACAGUUUAUGAUGGAGCUUCAAGGGUUGAAGAUAGUUGAAGAUGAGGAACCGCCUAAGAUACUGCAUUUUAAUCCUAGGUUGAAAGGUGAUUAUAGUGGGAAGCCUGUGAUUGAGCAGAAUACUUGUUAUAGGAUGCAAUGGGGUUCUUCACUCAGGUGUGAGGGAUGGAAGUCUAGAGCUGAUGAAGAUACUGUCGACGGACAGGUGAAAUGUGAAAAGUGGAUUCGCGAUGAUGAUAGUCAUUCAGAAGAGUCUAAGGCAACAUGGUGGUUACCUAGACUGAUAGGGCGAAAACACAAGAUCACUUUAGAUUGGCCAUACCCUUUUGCAGAAGGAAGAUUAUUUGUUCUCACUUUAACUGCUGGCUUGGAAGGUUACCAUGUUACUGUGGACGGAAAGCACAUUACAUCUUUUCCCUAUCGCACGGGCUUCUCUCUUGAGGAUGCUACCGGUCUAUCCAUAAAAGGGGACAUCGAUGUGCACUCUAUAUACGCGGCUUCUUUACCGACAUCACAUCCAAGUUUUGCACCACAGAUGCAUCUAGAAUUACUUCCUCAAUGGAAAGCUCCACCUAUUCUCGAUAAGAAUGUUGAGCUCUUCAUUGGAAUACUUUCUGCCGGCAACCAUUUUGCGGAACGAAUGGCAGUAAGAAAAUCGUGGAUGCAACAUAAGCUAAUCAAAUCCUCACAUGUUGUAGCUCGAUUCUUUGUUGCUCUGCAUGGAAAGAAAGAUAUAAAUGUUGACAUAAAGAAAGAAGCAGAUUAUUUUGGAGAUAUUAUUAUAGUACCAUACAUGGAUCACUAUGACCUUGUUGUGGUGAAGACCGUGGCGAUUGCCGAAUAUGGGAUUCGUACGGUAGCUGCUAAGAAUAUCAUGAAAUGCGACGAUGACACAUUUGUUCGAGUAGAUUCUAUCAUGAGUGAAGUAAGAAAAGUAGGAAUUGGAAAAAGUCUUUACAUUGGCAAUAUGAAUUACCACCAUACGCCCCUCCGCCAUGGUAAAUGGGCAGUCACAUAUGAGGAAUGGACAGAAGAAGAGUAUCCUACAUAUGCUAAUGGUCCUGGUUAUGUUAUCUCAUCAGACAUUGCUCAGUUCAUUGUAUCCAACUUUGAGGAGCACAAAUUAAAAUUAUUUAAAAUGGAAGAUGUGAGCAUGGGAAUGUGGGUAGAGCAAUUCAACAACUCAAAACCUGUUGAGUAUGUUCACAGCUACAAGUUCUGCCAAUUUGGUUGUAUUGAAGAUUACUACACUGCACAUUACCAAUCUCCAAGACAAAUGACAUGUAUGUGGGACAAAUUGCAACACAAGGGAAAGCCACAAUGCUGCAACAACAGAUGACAUAUUCUAUAAUCAUAGUAUGUUUCAGAGAUUGUAGUGACAAGGAUUUUGUGACCUCCACAUAUUCAUUCAUUGUUUAUAAGCUUUUAUGUAAAUUAAUUAAGUAAAGUUGGAUUUACUACUACAGCUAUUGCUGUAGGAGAAUAGUAAUUGUUUGUAAAUUUAUAAUGUAGAGAGAAUAGUAAUUUACCUCCA